CUGUGUUGUUUUUGUGUUUUGUAACUGUCACAUCACCGUGAUGUUCAGGGUGCACAUCACAUGAACGACACAGACCAUCGGCAAGCUAGCUUUAAGCAAUCGCUAUAAUCUGUACAGAUUCACUUCAGCAUAGCCUGGUACUUCAGUGCAUAAACCUGAGGAGAUGUGCGGAAUUAGAUGUGGCAGGAUCGGCUGUAGGACCGGCAAGAUUUAGCCCUUUUAAAUACGGGAUUUGACGGAGGCUCUUAGCUAAUAACAUUAUAGGAGUAUUAGCUCAAGGAGUUAAUUGGAGGAGCCGAACCGAGUGAUCCGAGGGCAGCCGGAGAAGAUGAGUGCCCUCCCCCUCUCUCGCUCCGAGGUGUUCGGGGAGCUGAGGAAAGAGCUGUAUGAGGAUGAGGAAUUUCACCAGUCCGACGUGCACAUCUUCAUCAUCAUGGGGGCCUCGGGAGAUCUGGCAAAAAAGAAGAUUUACCCAACUCUGUGGUGGUUGUUCAGAGAUGGUCUUCUCCCUGAACAGACUUACUUUGUUGGCUUUGCACGUUCUGACCUAACUGUGGAUGCCAUUCGCACAGCCUGCCUGCCUCACAUGAAGGUUGCAGACUCCGAAGUGGACCGUCUCUCAGCCUUCUUCAGACGUAAUUCCUAUAUCAGUGGGAAGUAUGGAGAUGAAGCUGCUUUCUCAAAUCUGCAUUCUCACCUGCUGUCCCUACCUGGAGGAGCUGAUGCAAACCGCCUCUUCUACCUCGCCCUUCCACCCACUGUUUACCAUGAUGUCACUAAGAACAUCCGACAUCACUGUAUGAGCACCAAGGGAUGGAACAGAGUGAUUGUAGAGAAGCCGUUUGGGCGUGACCUGCAGAGCUCUGAGGAGCUGUCCAAUCACCUCUCCUCUCUCUUUACUGAGGACCAGAUCUACCGCAUAGACCAUUAUCUUGGCAAGGAAAUGGUGCAGAACCUUAUGGUCCUCAGGUUUGGAAACAGGAUAUUUGGACCCAUAUGGAACCGAGACAGUGUGGCUUGUGUGGUUCUGACCUUCAAAGAACCCUUUGGAACCCAGGGCAGGGGGGGAUACUUUGAUGACUUUGGCAUCAUCCGUGAUGUCAUGCAAAAUCACCUGCUGCAGAUGCUGUGUCUGGUUGCCAUGGAGAAACCCGCCUCCACCAGCUCUGAUGAUGUGAGAGAUGAGAAGGUGAAGGUGCUGAAGUGCAUUGCUCCCGUUUCUCUCUCAGACGUGGUUUUGGGUCAGUAUGUAGGAGACCCAGAAGGAGAAGGAGAGGCUAAGCUGGGUUACCUAGAUGACCCUACUGUCCCUAAAGGCUCUACACAGGCUACAUUUGCCACAGCCGUUCUCUAUGUAAGGAAUGAACGCUGGGAUGGUGUUCCUUUCAUCCUGAGGUGUGGCAAAGCACUAAACGAGCGCAAGGCAGAGGUUCGGCUACAGUUCACAGAUGUGCCAGGGGAUAUCUUCAGUGGACAGUGCCGCAGAAAUGAGCUAGUGGUGCGCGUUCAGCCCAAUGAGGCCAUCUAUGCAAAGAUGAUGAGCAAGAAACCUGGGGUGUACUUCAGCCCUGAGGAGACAGAACUGGACCUGACCUACCGCAGCAGAUACAAGGAUGUCAAGUUGCCUGAUGCAUACGAGCGUCUGAUUCUGGAUGUCUUCUGUGGCAGUCAAAUGCACUUUGUGCGUAGUGAUGAACUGAGGGAAGCAUGGAGGAUCUUCACCCCACUUCUUCAUCAGAUCGAGAAGGAGAAGAUGCCACCCAUUAAAUAUAAAUACGGAAGUCGUGGCCCUUCAGAAGCAGAUGAAUUGGUGCAGAAGGUGGGAUUCCGCUACGAGGGAACGUACAAAUGGGUCAACCCCCACAAACUGUGAAAAGAAUGUGGGGAGAAGGCCGAUAAACACCUGCGUGUGUGUGCGUUAGACAUGUGCUAGGGUGUAUCACAGACCAAAAGAUGGCAUGGUUAGGACCACAUAUAUUUAAAGUUUAAACUCUUAGACUGAGCUUUUUUGUGUACCUUCCAAAUCUGAGUCAUGGUCUGGUUUUGCAGUGACUCUUGUAGAACUGAACAGCUGUUGAUAGCUGUUACUGUAGUUUUUUUACCCCCAUUUAGAAGUGUUCAGGAAUUUUAUGCAUUUGUGAGCAGGAAUAUGUCUGCUUCACUGUAUGCCUGUGUAGUCUAAUCUUGCUGAUCAUUCCUACAAAGAGUCACUGUACUCAUCUGUCAUUCCUGCAGUGCUUGUUUACAUUUCAUUCCAAAACCCUUCAGAUUCAUUAAGCCAUUCGGAUGGCUGUGAGCUCACAAAACAGGUCUUAAAUAAAGGAUUCUCCCUCUAAAACUUUCCAUAGAUUGUGUAAUACAUAAUAUUUUUGUUAUUUCAUUUCCAUGGAAUAUUUAAUAGAAUAUUUAAAGGAGAAUUACACUGACUUUUUCAAUAAUAAUAAUAGUUCAAUCUUAUAAUCCAGUGUGAUGUAAUUUAGAGUGGUUUGACAUGAAAUGGUUCAUUGCAGAGAAGCUUAAUGACGAUUUCUUCACAAUGGUUGUGAAAGGAACCAGUGGUCACAAUGUCUCAUGACAAAUUUAGCCGUUUUAUUUACUAUCCGGAAUGACCAGAGAACCAGAAGUUAUCUGAAGUUGUUUUAUGUAAUGUUUUUUGUUUUUUUUAAAAAAAGCUCUGCGUGUACCUCUCCAAUAUGAAUAUAUUUUUUAGAAAAAAAAGGUUUAAGCCGAAAUCCUUAUCAAAGAACAAUAGCAACAUGCGGUGUUUUCAGAAAAAUUUAAUGUAAUAACUUUCUGUAAUGUAGCUUUUAGAAUGAUUAAACACUUCAGAUAUUUGGUUUCCAUCACAAACACUGAACAAUUCAGACUUUUCUUGAAUGAUGCAUUUAAUGUCAGACCACUCUGAAUGACUCUGAAUUUGUAUCUUAUGAUUAAAUGAUGUAAAGUCUUUAGUGGAAUUUAUAGAAAAUAAUAAAUAUUACUUUUGAAAGGAAUAGAUUAGUAUAGAAGAACAACACUGGCAGAAAUGUUAAAGAUCAUAGAUCAGAGGAACACUAUUCAGUGUUGAAAUUGCUAUUGACUUACCUGUAUAAAAAUAUUGACCGAUACAUGCUGUUCUUGCUCUUUAUGUUUUUGGGUUAACUCAUUUAAGUUUGGAUUAGUGAAAUUUUAACCCUACUUAUAACAACACUAGCAUCACUUUGCCAUUCCACUGUUUGAACCUUCAUGUUCAGUUCCAUGCCCCCUUUCUUACCUGGGCAUAAGUAACACUUCAAGCCAAACAUGGCACAUACUAUAGCCUUUAGCCUUUAGCCUACUGUGUAAAAUGGAUGUGUGGAGGCUGGAAAUGAAGUUUUAUAAUAUGAGUGAAUAUGGGUAAACAACUGUUGUUGUGCUUUUCAUUUUCCUUUUCCUCCUAAAGUAUUCCCAAAAAUGUCUCUUUAAUUACUUAGAUAUAUAUUUUUCUCAAUAAAGUAUAGCUAUGAUGACUCACGCAAA